GUGGCGGACUAUUCUGCAGGCCUGUUUGUUGUAGACAUCUCGAACCCAACGAGCAUGACAAUCGUUGGAUCCGUCACCUCGACUUCCAUGCAGGGGAAUGGGCACGUAACCUUCGAUGCAAACAACAACUGGGUGUAUGUCGUGGCCACUGACGCCAAUACUAUCGUGGUGAUUGACGUUUCGGCUCCGACGAAUCCAGUGGUUUUACAUUCAGCCACGUCCGCGGACCUGCAACAGGCACGUACCUUGCAGAUCUUCGGUGAUCAUGUGCUUGUGUCCACGGGAUUGAGCAAUCCCGGGUCCCUCACAGUGCUGGGGAGAUGCACCACAACCUCUUCCACAUCCACAGUCACAAGCUCGUCCACAACUUCCACAAGUAUUACAACCUCGUCCACAACUUCAACCAGUAUUACAGCGACCUUCAGCAGUACUCGAACAACAAGUAGAACGAGCACAGAAACGAGCACCGUCACAAUCACGACCAGUGUCAGCUCGACAUCGGUUUCUACUACGACCAGUGCCAGCUCGAUAACAACGUCUGUUACAAGCAGCACCAGUUCGUUAGCAACCUCAAGUACGGCCACUGAUCUCAGCCUGGCAGCUACCGAG